AAAUCGUAGUUAAGCAUCCAAUAUUGUCCUUUUUCACUGCAACUGGGCUUUAAAAUUUUCUUCGGACGCGUACACUGCAGAGUCAGAGAGAUAACACUGCGUUUCUCGUUCUAUCACAACCAGAAGAUUCCUUCACUGGAGAUGGAUUAUUCCGGCGACCGAUGCUUCGACGUGAUCGUUGUCGGCGCCGGAGUUAUGGGUUCCUCCGCCGCGUACCAGCUAUCGAAAAGAGGCCUGAAAACGCUGCUUCUCGAGCAAUUCGACUUCCUCCACCACCGUGGAUCGUCCCACGGCGAGUCACGCACCAUACGAGCCACAUACCCGGAGGACUAUUACAACGCCCUGGUCGCCGAGUCGGCCGAGUUAUGGGAAGUGGCUCAGUCGGAGAUCGGCUACAGGGUUCAUUUCCCGACCAAACACUUCGACAUGGGCCCGACGGACCAGAAAUCCCUCAACGCCGUCGUCGCCACGUGUCGCAAGCACGGCCUGCCGCAUCGGAUCCUCGACUCACGCGCCGUGGCCGAGUUUUUCUCCGGCAGGUUCAACAUACCGGAGAAUUGGGUCGGAAUCACCACCGAGAUCGGCGGCGUGAUCAAGCCCACGAAGGCGGUUUCCAUGUUUCAGACGCUUGCCAUGAGAAACGGCGCCGUUUUAAGGGACAACACCAAAGUGGACAACAUAGUAAAAGACGAGGAAACCGGCGGAGGAGUGGUGGUUUCCACGGCAAACGGCGAUAAAUUCCUCGGCAAGAAGUGCAUUAUCACGGCGGGUGCGUGGAUACCAAAGCUUGUGAAAACGGUUGCCGGAAAAGAUAUCCCGGUGGAGCCAUUGGAGACGACGGUGUGUUACUGGAGGAUCAAAGAAGGGCACGAGGGUAAAUUCGCGAUAGACGGGGAUUUCCCGACAUUCGCGAGCUACAGUGAUCCGUACGUGUACGGAACGCCGUCACUGGAGUACCCGGGACUGAUAAAGGUGGCGGUUCACGGGGGGAACCGGUGUGACCCGGACAAGAGGCCAUGGAGACCAGGAGUGAGGCUGGAAGAACUGAAGGAAUGGAUAAAGGAGAGGUUCGGAGGGAUGGUGGAUUGGGCAAAGGGCCCGGUGGCGACACAGCUGUGUAUAUACUCGAUGACACCGGACGAGGAUUUCGUGAUGGAUUUCUUGGGAGGGGAGUUCGGGAAGGACGUGGUGGUCGGGGGAGGGUUUUCCGGCCAUGGGUUCAAGAUGGCGCCGGCGGUGGGGCGGAUUCUCGGUGAGCUGGCGACGGAGGGGGUGGCCGGAGGAGGGGUGGAGCUGAAGCAUUUCAGUCUAAGGAGAUUCGAGGAGAAUCCCAAAGGGAAUGCCAAAGAGUAUCCCGACAAAGUUGUUCUUGGAGCACAUCCUCAGUGAUUUCUUGUAUGAUUCGUCUUCUUGGCCACAAAUCUGAACUGUUUUUAGAAAGAACAAAAAUUGAAGAAAAAAUCAAUAAAGAUCGUGUCCUUCAUUCCA